GAAGAAAAAGAAAAAGGGGGAGAAAAAAAAGUUCUUCCAUGUUUGUGUUCAGAGGGUAAAUCAUGUCAUGGUGUACAGGAAAAAUUAUAGCCACUGUGGUAUGGUGUGUGAUUGGAUGUAUAAUAUAUAUUCUGACACGUGGAGAUAUGUUUCAACGGAAGGUGUCUGUGGAGCUGAAUCCCGGUCUGACGCCGCCGUCGGUUCUUCCUCCUGGAGUGGGUCUGGUUCAUGUGCGAGGGCUGGGACACAGUGGCACACUUCACUUCUUGCUGUGUAACUCUGGAGCUCCAGCGCUGCUGAUGGUUCACACUUACAGCACUCAGUCUACAGUACAUGUGGACUGGCCUGCGUUUAUCAACCACAGUUCAUCCGGCAGCCUGAGGGUGGAGCCGCAGACCAGUGUGCGGUACAGCAGGGCACUAGUGUUCACCAAAGUGUGGGAGUACGAUGACGUCAAUAACGCAGCUGACCCCCAGCAGACGGCAAAGUCCAGCUUUUACCCUCCGUACGAGCUGCAGAACUUCAUCUGGUUCGAACCGAAGAUCACGGUUAACCAGUCGGAUUACAUAGUAACACUGUGUGGCAGAGAAACAACAGAGAGUUUCCUCAACGGCUCCGUCUGUCUGCAGUUCUCAGUGUUUGAGUCAGUGGGUCGUGAUCAAGUUAGGCCAAAUCUCCGUCAUAACGCAAACUCCUCGCAGCUGCGUGUGUGGCUGGAUGGUGUGACACCGCGAGGAAGCAACUCCAGAUUUGCUCUGGAGUUUCAGUCCGUUGUAGACUCUGGAUUCAGGGAAAGAGUCUCUGCCGGCACCUUUAUAGACGAUGAGUACAAACCGUUUUUCUUUCAGAUGUCUCAAUGGGUUUCGUUUCCGGUGAACGGUGACAAUGUGUGGGGUUACAAUCAGUGGAAACCCGUGGCGUAUCGUAAAGCCAAGCAGGCCUCUGAGGACGCAACACCCUGUAAAAACUCAGAGCUUGUGUUCUUGGACCAUAUCCCUCGGUCCGAUCUGGUUCAGGCGUAUUUCAUAAAGGAUCCUCAGACAUAUGGCCUGAACAUCAGCUUCGGUACUGCUGGAGACCCAAUUUUUUACAAAGCCACCAAAUACAUCAGCUGGACUGUUUUAAUGGGCUUGGGUGAACCUCUGGGCAAUUCAUUCUACAUGCUACGCAUUGCCUUCAUACCCACUGGAAUUGUUAUACUGGUGAUCUUAUUCGUGGUUCAAGAGUGUGUUUGCUCAUCGGGCUACCAGCGACUCUGAGACGUUACGGUACAAGCCCCGCCCUCAUCAGUGAUGAGGUUACUGACCACUGAGCGGAUCAUUAGAAACACACUACUGAUGAUCGGAUGAGGGAGUUAAAAUUUAGAAUUAACACAAAAAUUUAUCUGAAUGGGUCAGUACUCUCUUUUUGAUAUGUGACAAAUUGGCCAGAAUGAUGACGACUUAAAAACAUUUUCUCUUUAAUCCUGAAAUAUACGCAAAUGUUUUCAUAAUUAUUAAGAACUGCACUGCUGUAGGUUCUCAGUAGGGUUGCCCAAAGCCUAAUUUUGAAUUCAGAAAGACAUGGAUACUGGAUAAUGCAUUCUAUGAAGCCCUUAAAUCGACAUGGUUAGUCUUGCUGUGGUAGUCAGACACAUUAUAGUACAUCAGAUUUAAUUUAUCACUUGAGGAUAGUAAGGAGAGAUGACUGACAGGACGAUGUCGAAGAAUUUGGUGCGUAACAGAUCCUGAGUGCCACUGACAAAUAUCUUGUAAAACUCAAUAAGAUCUACCAACUAAAAACCCCCCAAAAAAACAACAACACUUGUAGGGACCAACACAUGCGUCUUUAUAUUGAAUUAAUCUAAUAAUUAAAUAAAAAAAUAAUGUUCAAUUUUAACAUUACAUUGAAAACACCCACAGAACAAUAGAUUACGAAAGUGAAAGUGAAAAAAAAAACAAUCGUGCAUUCAAAAGUGUUUUCAAUCAUUUUUAGCUAAUUCUAUACAAUAUAAUUACCCAACUGUCGAUUUAAAAGCAUAUAUAUUUUCCUGCCAUCUCUUUUUUUUUUUUUUUAUCACCAUGUCCAUUUUGGGGCUCUGUAGAAUGUGUGUCAUUUCCUUUACAAACAUGUUAUUCAGCUUUGGGCACAUCCCUAGUUUUCAGGGAUUCUUACAAUGUCAUGUAUGUUGAGUUUUAAUGUUUUUAACAUAACUGUGAUGUAACAGGGAGCUUUUUUAAACAUUCAUUUGUACCAUUUACAGACACUCCAGGGAUUCUUACACUGUUACAUAUGUUGAGUUUUAAUGUUUUUAACAUAACUGUGAUGUAACAGGGAGUUUUUUUAAACAUCCAUUUGUACCAUUUAAAAACACUCUAAAACCUUUUAUAAAAGACUUGUUGUUAAAAAUGAAAUGUGUGUUGGCAGUGUGUGUACACAACCACCCUAUAAUGAUAAACAUCCACCCAGUGUUUUUUUAAAAUCCCUAUAACUAAUUACCCCUUUUUCAAAUCGAGCCGUUCUCAGCUUCUUGUCUUGAUGUCACACAGACCCAGGCCACUCCCACAAUAGCUGAUUGUCGCUUGGUGAGUGAGCUGUGAACAGUCCUCCAUUGUUUCACCGCUGGAGCAGAUGUAGACAAGAAUGCCUUUCCUAAUAAUGUGCUAGUUAGCAAGUUCCAUGAUGAAUGCGGCUAAAGUUUACAGUCUCAUGAGAACGGCUCGCCACCCCACAGAAGAGAGGGGCGGGGUCAGCAGAGCUUAUUAGCAUUUAAAGGCACAUGCACCAAAACGGCUUGCUGUGAACAGAGCUGUUUUUGACAAGUUAAAAAGGGUGUUGUUUUACACUACCAUUGAGAAAUUUGAACCAAAGUCUGUUAGUUGAAUCAUCAACUUGUGGAAAAUGGGCAUCCGGUGACCCUUUUAAAUUUUGUGUCCACUGUGGAUCGCUAAUAUUUUAUACUACUGUUGCAUGUCAGUCAAACACACAUCUUGUGCAUCAUUUAUUCAUAAACACAUUCAAACAUAUCCAGAUGGAAACAUCAGAUUCUAGAUACACUCUGCAUGACUUCAUUAUGAUAAACAUUAGGAAACAUUUUGUGAAUACGGAACAAAACAGUGCAAUAUCAACAUGAGAAAAAAAACAGCAUGCAUGUCUGUAACAAUAAAUUAUAUUUAUUUUUGCUUUA